UGCAGAUCUAAACUUCACUGCAUUCCCUAAUCUAGAAUACAUAUUUCUUGAUCGGAUGGGGUUGGUGGGUGGCAUUCCAACUGAGAUUGGAACUCUUCGCAAUCUCAACUAUCUGUCCUUCUUUGACAACAAUAUUACGGUGGAAACAAGUUAAGUGGAAUCAUUCCAACUCAGAUUGGAAGUCUUAGCAAUCUCACUUAUCUACGCUUGUCUAAUGACAGCCUUACUGGUAAGUUGCAUUAUUUCCACAAGCCUCAUCACUCAGUUAGAAUUGUUGGAUUUGAAUUGAAACAAGGCUUUCGUGUUGUCUUUCUUUCAACCUUGGGUUUUAUGAGCAAUCUCAAGUACUUAUAUUUGUCCUCAAAUUAUUUUAAACGUUAGUAUAACUAACAAAUUCAAUCAAAUGAGUUCCUAUAUAUUUAUGGUCUUAAUGUACUUUGCCCCUAAGGUGAACAACCCUAGGUGGUUGGAGUUGAUAUCUUUUUUGUGUACCAAAAAAAAACUUAAUGAAAUAGGGAAAUAAUUUAAAAAAUAAAUUAUUCAACAUGAUUUAUGCUUUUUCCCCUUAAAUUUUAUUAAUUUGAACACAAUAUUUUUUAAAUUAUUUAUAUAAAUAUUGUCAAAAUUAUUUAAAGUUUCUAAAAAUGAGAGGGGAGAGAGUAGAGAAUUGAAUUACAAGGGCCAGUUAAUACUUUUAAGUUUUUUAACAUAAUUAAAAAUAAAAAGUUGAAAUAUUUUAGAAUCUUUAACAUAAUAUUAGUAAUGAUAUAUUUAAAAAUUAGAUUAAAGUGUAUAUUUUAAAAAUAGAAAAGAAGUGUUUGUGAUUUUAGGGGGGAAAAAAGUGAUGUCAUUGCAUACACCAUACACAUUGACACAUGAUUCCGGAAGAUGCAAGGCGGUCGUCAACAAUAAGUCCUCUCUGCUCUCUCCCAAUGAUCAUAUGGAGAGUUUUUGGCCACGGUCACUUGGUACCAUUCCAACUCAGAUUGGAAGUCUCCAAAACCUCAUCUAUCUAGACUUGUCUAGCAACAAUCUCAUUGGUCAGUUACCUUUCAUACUUGUUAAUUAACCUCAUUCAUUUAGAUUUGUUAAAUUUGAGAGGAAACAAGUUUUGAUGAAUUAACUAUUCCUUCAACUUUGGAUUUUAUAAGCAAUCUAAAAUACACAUAUUUGUCCUUAAAUUCUUUUGCACAUGAAACCCCCUCUCAAACUUUAUCUUUCAUGAGAUUACAAGAUCUUCACACUUGUAUUUUAGUAGCGAUCUUAAGUACAUAUAUUUGUAUUGUCAAGUGCUUUUAAACGUGAGAUGCACUAUUUAAUUUAGUUACUUUGAUUUGAGUUUCAAUAAUAUUUUUGGUCCUACUCCUUUGCCCCUAAUUUUGAUUUAAUUUGUAUGUGAUUCAAAUUAUAUAUAGGAAACAUUCCACUUGAGAUAUUUGCUCUUCAAAAUCUCACUCGUCUAUACUUGAAUAAUAAUAAACUUAUUGGAGGCAUGCCUUCUGCACUUACAAUUAACGUCACUCAUUUACAACAAUUGGACUUGAGUGGAAACAAGUUUGGUGGAGCCAUUCCUUCAAGUUUGGGUUUUAUAACCACUCUUAGAUAUUUGAACUUGUCUUCAAAUAUGUUCAUUGGAGAGAUACCUUCUUCAAUUUCAAAUUUGGAAAGACUAGAUAUUCUUGAUUUUUCCCACAAUCAAUUCAUUGGUCUCAUACCCCAAGAUAUUGGGAAAUUAACAAGUUCGGAAGCUUUAAACUUGACCAACAAUCUUUCUGGCCUUAUUUCUGUGAUUAAAGGUAUCACAUAUUUGAGAUCUUUCAAUAUAUCAAAAAACAAUAUAUAUGGAAUCAUUCCUCGAGAAAUCGGAGAUCUCUUAUAUCUUGAAAAUCUAGAUCUCUCACAAAACAAGCUUGUUGCAAGUUUACCAAACUUGCAAUCAUUGAAACUUUUGGUUGCCAACUUUAGUCACAACAUGAUUAGUGGUGAGAUACCACCGAGCUUUUGCACAUAUCAACAUAUGUCACGCAUAGAUUUGAGCUACAAUAACAUCACUGGUAACAUACCAAAAGAACUUGGUCAGCUAGAAUUCAUCAACUUGUCAUAUAAUUCCCUUAAUGGCCAUGUCCUAAAGGAAGUAUAUUAUAAAUUUCCUCAUGACAUAUUGAAUGGUAACAAAGAGUUAUUACUUGGUCUGGAGAAGAAUCAUUAUUUCUCUAAUCAUAUAAAUAUACAUUAUCACAUGAAGAUCAUUCUUCCUAUGACAAUUUUUCUUGUCAUUCUCUUUACUUUUGGAUUCUUCCUUUUUCGGUCUUUGGAGAAAAACAAGAUAACAAAAGUUGAGAUAAGAGCACCAAAUAAUGGAGAUUUAUUUUCCAUAUGGAAUUUUGAUGGUAAAAUUGCAUAUGAAGAUAUCAUUGAAGCAACAGAAGACUUUGACAUCAGAUAUUGUAUUGGAAUUGGUGCUUAUGGAAGUGUUUAUAGGGCACAACUUUGUAGUGGCAAAAUUGUAGCGUUGAAAAAGCUUCAUAAAAAAGAAUAUGAAAAUCCAUCUUUUGCUAGAAGUUUUCAUAAUGAAGUGAAAUUGAUGACUAAAAUCGACAUUGUGACAUUGUAAAACUUCAUGGAUUUUGCUUGCACAAUCUAUGCAUGUUUCUCAUCUAUGAAUACAUGGAAAGAGGAAGCCUCUUUUAUGUACUGAGUAAAGAAGAUGAAGCUAAAGAGUUGGAUUGGACCAAGAGGGUGAAUGCCAUUAAAAGAAUAGCAAAUGCCUUAUUCUACAUGCAUCAUGAUUGCGCACCUCCAAUUAUCCAUCGAGACAUAACAAGUACUAAUGUAUUGUUAAACUCAAAGAUGGAAGCUUUUGUCUCUGACUUUGGCAUAGCUAAAAUCCUUGAUCCCAAUUCAUCCAAUUAAACUCUUCCAAUGGGUACUUAUGGUUAUAUUGCUCCAGGUAAGUUUUCUUUUUUUUUUUUGCCCUAUUAUCCUCUUAUUGUCUUGUGUCAUGUUCUAUAUAAUUAAUUUUUGGUUUAUUUAUUGUAGAACUUGCAUACACUUUAGUUGUGACAGAAAAAUGUGACAUUUAUAGUUUUGGAAUGGUGGCAUUAGAAACAAUAAUUGGAAGGCAUCCUGGAGAUUUAAUACUAUCUUUGAUAGAGAUCUCUAAUCAAAGCAUUUUCUUAA